GACUCUCCACCUCAACCGACAGUCAUUCGCUCUCGCGCUUUUGCCGAUGGAGGAAGAAGGGAAAGCGGCGCACGUGCUAACCCUCUUCGAUCUCCAUUGGUUCCACCGCCAAAUCCUCCGCCCUCAUCCGCCGUCGCCACCGCCUCCGCCUCCGCCUCCGCCUCCGGUUCUGGACCUGGAGGACGCCGAAUCCCACUCCUCGGAGUCUCCUCCUGCCGCCCACCCCUCACUUCACCUACGCCGCCACCGUCGAUCUCUCAGCGACGAGACCGACGCCUCAGCAGAGCCCCGCAUCCAGACCCCCAAGCUCCAGACCAUACUCUCCGGCAAAGAAGCUCCCGUCGAAGACUUGGCCCGUCGGAACGGGGCCAUCGGAGGUAGCGGCGAGAUCUGGACGGCGGCAGCGAGGCGAAGGCGGCGGGGGAGAAGUAGGGGAAGGAGCAGGGUGAGCAGCAGGAGCUUAUCGGAGCUAGAAUUCGAGGAGGUGAAGGGUUUCAUGGAUCUGGGUUUCACGUUCUCCGACGCUGAGGCGGAUCCCAGGCUGAUGUCAAUCGUGCCCGGGCUCCAGCGGCUGGGGAAACGGGCGGCCGGAGACGGGGAACCGGCGGAGGAGGGCUCGUCUUGCGCCUCCGACGUGGUCGACGAGUCUGCGAUCUCGAGGCCGUACCUCUCGGAGGCGUGGGAUGCGCAGGAGGAGGAGGAGGAAAACAUGCUCAGGAAUUGGAGGAUCCCGGCGGCGGCGGACGGGGUGGACCUAAAGGACCACCUCCGGUUCUGGGCCCAUGCGGUCGCCUCCACCGUCCGAUGAUCAUCACGUGCCGAUCACUACCGUCCAGUUCUCUCUCUUUCUUGUUCUCGAUUUUGUAUAAAUUGGGAAUUAAUUGUAGAUAUCGCGAACGAAACUAUAAUUCCGACCCGCCCAUCGGCUUGUAGUCUUUGUCUUUUUUCGAUGCCUUUUUAUUAUUUUUUUUUAAUUUUUCCUCUCUCCGUGAUUUUGAGGAGCUAAUCCCUGUCGUUUCUAUCUAA